UCUUCGUCCUGAUCUCUUCUGGAAGCCGGACAGGUGCAGAGGCCACUCCUCUGCAACGCUGCUGGAGCCUUCCGCCAGCUGACCUUCAGCUUGGACCAGAAUGGCGCCUCCUGCGUCUACGCGUUCCAUGGGAUGUGGACGUUCGGCUCCUGUUGCGUUCGCGCAGAUGGCGACUUGUCACGGGAGUUCCGCAUCACCGAGCAAGCAUCGAUCAACUUGGAGAACUGCUGCAUUGGGGGAGGAGGAUCGGCUGCCGGCCUCUUCCUCGACUGUCAAGCUUCGGUGGUCAUCAAGUCUACGGUCAUCCAGGGAGUUCAGACGGGGAUCGGAGCGAUGCAUAGCGCGUCAGGUUUCCUGUGCAACUCGACAAUCAGGGAGACAAAAGAAGCCGUGUACAUGCACGACUGCGCAGCGAUGCGCCUGCACGACUGCGUGCUGGAGAGAAGUCGGUUCGCUGUGGCCGCAACAUCGAGUCAGAUGAUCCCCUGCUACAUGGUCAUGUUCAACGUCGACGCUGAGUUGGAGAUGGUGGGAUGUCUGGUCAAAUGUCGACUGUGGAUGAAAGGAAUUGCAAGCGAGCUUUCAGAUACGGAACUUCGUGGACAUCGACAACACUUACUUGAUGGAGAAUUGUUGCAAAUUUU